ACCCCUUUGGCUUCGGCUCACUCCCGGUGGCGCCUCCUUUCGUUUUUCUCUCAUUCUCUCACUCUCACACUAAACUUCAAACUUCUUUCAACUAAAUCAACUCAAUCCUUCUUCUACUUCUCCUCUAUUCUAUUUUGUUUCUAUCCUUUCAUCUUCUUCUUUUGAAUGCGCUUCAAUCAAGCUCCCUUUGUGAAGAAAUCGUGUCGUCUUCUUCUUCACUUCUCGCUUUCUUUCUCUAAAUCUCCUCUAAUUUUGGCACCCCUCUUAGCUUGAUUCAAUAAUCAUAAUCUUCAAAUCAGUUGAUUUCCGAAGUGGGUAUUGUGGUUUUCACAGUACAAAGCCACACAGUCUAAGACACACUAUUGUUUUACUGGAUUAUUCCGAUCAAUCGUGAUUGAUGCACGAUUGUUGUCCGCAAUUUGGCGGUCUACAUAGCCGACACAAGUCCCUUUCGAAUUCGCAAAUGGGUCACUUUCAUAGUGGUGGUCGAUGGGCUCUGUUCUGUUCUGUUUUCAACCUGAUUCCAAUUCUGAAUAUAUCCAAACUAUCAGCGGUCUCUGUCCACCAUAAAAUGAGGCAUCAAGUGGCAGCCACCUUCCUUUCUUUAGUGGGUUUUAUCUUGUUGCAACAAGUCAUUUGUGCCGAUACUUCUGAUUUUUCUACCUCUGGCAACUGGACUUGUAGAUGUUUUUCUCCUCACCAAGAAAAUCAGGGAUUAACACUUGGUCCAAAUUGUUCUACAUCUUGUUCAUGUACACAAGAUGUUGAAGGAUCUAGACUGUGGACAUGCAUGUGUUCAACUGAUGGCUUCCCAAAAGUUGUAGCCAAUAACCGUGAUUCCAACUGUUUUACGUCAUGCAACUGCACUUAUGGACUGCUUCCGGAGUUGCCAUAUUCUAAAAGGCAUAUUUCAAGCAAUGUGGUUGUGAUUAUUCUCUCACUAUGUGUAAUAAUCAUAACAGUAGCAUUCUUCAUCUUAGUGGUUUGCUAUCUUUGUCAAAGGGACAAGUGCCGUGUUCGAGCUCCAAUAAUUUCAUUAGAUAAGCAAAUUAGCUACAACAGCUUGACUAACCUAAUUAGUCACAGGAGUUCUUCAACACCAGAUAGUAAGGUUAUGAUGGAUUCUCCGGUGAAUAACAUCAAAGGAUGUUUUUUCAUGAACCAAUGCUUGUUGAGAACUAAAUCUAGAAGUUUGUGUGGGAUCAUCAUCCAAUUCUCGUACUCAGAGUUGGAAAAUGCAACAGAAAAGUUUUCAAGCUCCCAUCUUGUGGGGCGUGGGGGAAGUAGCUUUGUCUAUCGUGGUGAAUUGAGGGAUGGUAGAACAGUGGCAGUAAAGCGGCUCAAUAUUCAAGGAGGACCGGAUGUAGACUACUUGUUCUUAACAGAAAUACAAUUGUUAUCAAGACUGAAUCAUUGUCACGUGGUGCCUCUGCUUGGUUACUGCACAGAAUCAAGAGGGAAACACACUGAAAGGCUUUUGGUAUAUGAAUACAUGCCAAAGGGUAAUCUGAGAGACUGUUUGGAUGGAGCUUCAGGGAAGAAAAUGGAUUGGAGUACUCGGGUUACAAUUGCUUUAGGAGCUGCCAGAGGCUUGGAGUAUCUUCAUGAAGCAGCUGCUCCCAGAAUUUUGCAUAGAGAUGUCAAGUCAACAAAUAUUCUUUUGGAUAAAGAUUGGAGAGCAAAAAUAACAGACCUUGGUAUGGCUACAAGGUUAAGAGGUGAUGAUCUUCCUAGCUGUUCCAGUUCUCCUGCUAGAAUGCAAGGGACUUUUGGUUAUUUUGCACCGGAGUAUGCAAUUGUUGGAAGAGCCUCUUUGAAGUCUGAUGUCUUUAGUUUUGGAGUGGUUCUUCUUGAGCUUAUAACGGGUCAGCAUCCCAUCCAUAAAUCAGCCGGCAAAGGAGAGGAAAGCCUUGCAAUAUGGGCUGCUCCUCGGUUACAAAAUAGUAGACGAGUUAUAACAGAGUUACCGGACCCACAUUUAGAUGGAACGUUCCCGGAGGAAGAGAUGCAAAUAAUGGCUUAUUUAGCAAAGGAGUGCUUGCUGUUGGAUCCUGAUGCUAGACCAACCAUGACUGAAGUUGUUCAAGUUCUUUCAAAUAUAACUCCAGAUAAAUCAAGAAGGAAUAACAUUUCUGCAAACGUUUUUCAGGAGAGGCUGUCACCCUGUAGUGUGGAGAGUGAACCAGACAUUGCAAAUCACAACAUGCGUCCUUCAGGGAAACAAGUCCAUACAGAGGUGAUUGUUAUGGAUGAGAUGAUGGAAAGACAAGCUUCAUCCCGCAAAUGGCUUGACCGCUAUUCACUACCAUUGGAUAUCGAUCGUUCACUUUGUGCUGACAACUAUGGCAACCAAGAUAUUGUUUCUUUUGAGAACAUGAAAACACUCGUACCCUUUACUUCAAAGGGCAACAAUCUCCGAGUUCAAGGCCCAGAUGACGAAACAGUAGACUUGACUGAGCCACGGUUCGAGUCAUUCUGCAUUGUGAAUGUCAAAUCUUCCUCAUAGAAGCUAAAGGAUCAGAGGCUCAUGACACAAUCACAGUUUUCUUUAACUUUUCGAAAUAGACACCACAAAAUGAUGAAGUCCCAAUUUGUUCCUCAGGUUUCCCCGUCAACCUGCAUAUAAAUUAUAAGAGGAAGGGGAAAAUCUGGGUGCUUUUGCAACAGAAUUGUGUUCUAGUGCUGUAACAUGUAUAAUUUUGAUAAUAUGUACAGAGAAUUAGGCAAAAACUAUAUAGAAAUUGAGUCACAGAGUUUGUUUUAUGUUCUCUCUCUUGAAUAUUGAUAUCAAUUAUGUAUUAGCUUUCAUGGAGAUAAAACUGGUUUACAUUUAUCAAGUUUUGUAAUUUCUGUUGCCUCUCUCUUGAAUAUUGAUAUCAAUUAUGUAUUAGCUUUCAUGGAGAUAAAACUGGUUUAUAUUUAACAAGUUUU